AUGAAAAAGAUGGUUGAGGCGUAUGGCGGCUCUCCGGAAUGGAAGCCGGAUUUCUUUUUUGUACGGGCAUUCGAGAGCUAUUGCCUGCCGUGGAAUCUUCGAGAGACGGAGGGUCUUGGGGCCCUAAAGGAUGAGUGGACUCAAGAGGACAAAGAGUGCAUCGAGGAGCUCGAGGCAGAUGUGGAGAAGAUUUUGAAAUAUUCCAAGGUCGUGAAAUGGAACGACGUACAAUAUUAUGUGCCCCCUGCAUACGCCGAGGAAGAAAAUACUGCCAAUGUCAUGUCGUCAAGCAACGUUGGUUCUCGAUUGUUUGGUGACGAAGAUUCUUUUACUACUGUAAAUUCAGAUGAGGACGUUACUAUCACAGCGGCGCCUCAGAAGAAGAAGAAGAAAAGGAUCGUGAAGGUUGGUGAUAGGGUGAAAUCCAAGAAGGUGAAAACGGACGCGCCCUCGAAAGAAACCACACCACUAGGGAGCGCACCGGCUACCUCUGUGGGAAGCUCUGUCUGGUGCCCUGGAGAAAAUGAGUUCCCCGAGAACAUUGCCUCGUUCCCUGGCGACGUUCCUGCUAUCCUAGCCAAGGGUCCAAGUGAGGAAGAUCCCAUACCUGAUGUACCAGACGAGUACAUGGGUAUCGAGCUCGAGGAUGCCGACGAAGCCACUGAGGAGGACGUUGCUGAUACUGGCCAUUCUGGAGUCCAAAGAACUGUCGAGGAUGCCUCCCAGGACCCUUCCAAGGACCUCCUCCAGGAUAGUUGGUCCGUCCAUCGUGUUCACCUCAUGGUGCUAUCAGAGGAGCAAUCAACCAUGGACAUACUGAAAGAGAAGGCUCAUGAGAUCAAGCUUCUUACGGAUUACAUUGCCAAGUUGCAAAAUUUGUUACAAGACAACAACAUUGACUUCGAGGCCUUUGAACAUCCGGAGGAAAUAGUGGAUCCUCAAACUCGGAGUUCUCGAGAAGAGCUGUUGAUGAGGGUGCAUGCUCAGGACCUAGAGAUCGUGGAUCUUAAGGACAAGUUGAAUCAAUGUGUGAAUCUCCUUAGCCUGCAUGGGUAUAAGAGUAUUAUUCAUCCUUCUCCUGACAAUCCUGUCAGGGAGGUUCUUGUAAGAGCGUAG